CGGGACUGUCAUGGUGCGGCCUUAGUCGCUCGGCCGAGGAGAGCACGUGUAGCGGUGUCGCGCGGGACGGACGGGCAGAGAUGAGCGGUCCGAAGGGGUGCAAGGCAACCCAGGGAUCCCAGUGCGGCCGAGAUCCCGGAUCCGCAAGCGCGCAACGCGUGAUGCCCGUGUCGCAGCCAGUACGUGCCAAGAGUUUGUUACGCGCAAACUUGGAGAACUCACGCUCGCGGGUCUUGCAGAGCAGAAUGCCCAACAUCAAGGUCUUCAGCGGGACCUCGCACCCGGAUCUCGCCCAGCGGAUCGUCGACCGCCUCGGCAUCGACAUCGGCAAGGUUGUCACCAAGAAAUUCAGCAACCUCGAGACAUGCGUGGAGAUAGGAGAAUCUGUCCGCGGGGAGGAUGUGUACAUCGUGCAAAGUGGAAGCGGCGAGGUCAACGACAAUCUCAUGGAGCUUCUGAUCAUGAUUAACGCCUGCAAAAUCGCCUCCGCGUCCCGCGUAACGGCAGUUAUUCCUUGCUUCCCUUAUGCGAGGCAGGAUAAGAAGGACAAGGGCGGUGAUGGUGGAGACUCUAAAAAUCAGAUUGUCAUGAAGUCGAACGAGUGGAAAUUCAGGAGCCGUGCGCCGAUCUCUGCAAAGCUAGUUGCGAAUAUGCUUUCCGUAGCGGGUGCCGAUCACAUUAUCACAAUGGACCUGCAUGCUAGUCAAAUACAAGGAUUCUUCGACAUCCCGGUAGACAACCUGUUCGCCGAGCCAGCUGUCCUCAAGUGGAUCAAAGAGAAUAUCGUUGAAUGGCGAAACAGUAUCAUUGUCUCCCCUGACGCAGGUGGUGCCAAGAGAGUCACAUCCAUCGCAGACCGAUUAAACGUCGAGUUCGCGCUCAUACAUAAAGAGAGGAAAAAGGCGAACGAAGUCGCGAGUAUGGUACUGGUCGGAGAUGUCAAGGAUAGAGUUGCUAUCCUUGUGGACGAUAUGGCUGAUACUUGCGGUACCAUCUGUCACGCGGCAGAAAAGCUGUUGGAAGCUGGUGCCACAAAGGUUUAUGCGAUACUCACGCACGGUAUCUUCAGUGGGCCCGCCAUUAGUAGGAUUAACAAUGCUUGCUUCGAAGCUGUCGUGGUGACCAACACUAUUCCUCAAGAUGGCCAUAUGAAAGAUUGCCCAAAAAUUCAGUGUAUCGAUGUCUCGAUGAUGUUUGCCGAGGCAGUGAGGCGGACACACAAUGGUGAAUCUGUAUCGUACCUGUUUUCAAAUGUACCGUAUUAAACGAAAAUCUUCCGUAAUCUACUUCAAACUGUGUAAAAAGAACAUCUCAUCAGCUCUUUUUACAUUUGUUCAUUGUUAUUGUUAGUUGACAACUACUUCGUCUACCUGUUAGUUAGAUACAUAUUUUGUGUGUCCAUUUCUAAAUUUAAAUUCACAUUUGUCUAUUUUUUCAUAAAUUUUUAACGCAAGAUAUCAAUAUCGGCACGGAACACAAAAUAAUGAACUUUUAGAAGAUUAGAGAUUUAGAUGCGUAAGAUGUUUUUUUUUUAAACUUAAUAGUUGAAUGAAUUCCUCCAAACAGCAGAAGAAAUACUUUUGAAUUUUGUUGUGAUCAAAGUUCCAGCUUCAACUCCAACUUAUGACACGGUAUCCCUUUUAUCGGUUUCAACUUAAAAAUGAUAGAAGGAUCAAUCUGUUAUAAUGACGAGAUUAGUAAUUUAAUGGAUUAAAAUAUUUGUAAACAAUUAUUAAAAUGUGUCCUCGAUGCACGUAAUAAUUAUGUAGUAUAAUUCGCCAGUGCGAAUAUCAGAUGAAACAAUUUUAGAUCUGCAAUAUCUAUAACAUUUUUUCAUACAUUAUUGUACAAGAAUUGUUUAAACAAAUUUUCGUAGUUGAGUUGAAAUGUACCCAACGCAUUGUGAUUACGACAUACACAGUAGCAAAGAAUGGCACUGAUCGCAUUUUUACAAGCAAUGCAAGCGUAACGAUUCUUGAAAAUUAUGCCAAAAUUGAAGUAAUUUACGGAUGAUAAAACUAAACUUAAAUAUUAUCCAAUCAAAAUGGCAUCCGACUAACAUGCGAAUUAAGUUUGCUAUGACAACAAUCGCAAAUUUUGUUGCUCAAUAAGAUAGUGCCAUUUGUUACUUGAUUGGGUAUUACAAUAAAUGUAUAAAAAGUAAAA